CAAUGGUUAGUUUUAUUAGAUUUCUGGUUCCAUGAUACCCAUUGUACAGGUUUCGAAAUAGUAUAUAUAUGGUUUUUUUUGGUUGUUGAGAUUAUAGGCAGCUUUGUAUUAUGCAUUUGGUAUAAUGGGUAGUAGUUAUGAGUUGUUGCCAUAAUUAGAAUUUGAUUUCUAGGGGUGGGGUUUAAGAUUUCGAAAUGAGUAUAUCAGCUAGGUUGGUUAUUUAAUUGUAUUAGAAAGUGAGUCUUCAAGUUUGACUAUAAUGCAUGUGGGAUUCUUAUGUCUAUUUGAAUAUGCUUUGUUGUAAGUUUGGGGGUCAGUCUCUGAAUGGAUUGGGCAGUGUGCUUUGUCUUUCAAGAGAAUAAUACAAGCACAUGGUGGUUGUCUGUGUCUGACUUAUUCUACCAAGGACAUGACAAUGAAGAUGCAGUUGAAUAUGUUAGUGAGGAUGACUUGUAUAGUCUUCCAAGUUCAGACGGUGAGGUGGAUCCAAAGAAGAAAAGUAAGAAUAACAAACAAUAUAACACUGAAGCUAGCAUGGAAGGUUUCAAAUUCAAUUUGGGAAUGGAGUUUGCAACUGUGAACCAUUUUAGGACUACUUUGAAAGAGUACUUCAGUUCCAUUAAUAGGGAGUACAAGUGGGUGUUUAAUGACAAGAAGAGACGUAGGGCAAAAUGCAAGAAAGAUGAUUGUGGUUGGGUGAUGUAUGCACGUGUUCAACUGAAGGACAACACUAGCUUCAGAGUGAACACAAUGGUUGAUAAACAUGACUUUGGAUUGGUGUAUAAUAAUAAACAUGCAACUUCAGCUUGGCUUUCAAAACAUUUUUUGGAGCACUUCAGAAUCAAUCCUAAUUUAAAAUAUUCUGGUUUUAUGGAGCUCACAUCAAAGACUAAGUUCUCACAUACUACUUCUUCGGUAUUCUACGGGGUGAAGAAGAAAGCUAUGCAGAUGCUUGAAUGGUCAGUAAAAGAACAAUAUGCCAUCUUAGAGGACUAUUGCAAGAAACUUAUACACACAAAUCCUGUCACCACAACUUUAUUAAAGACAACAAUGAUAGAUGGGAAUAGGGUGUUUGAGAGAGUUUAUGUGUGUUUAAAAGCUUGCAAAGAUGGUUUCAAGAAAUGAUGUAGGCCAUUAAUUGGCCUGGAUGGCCGCUUUCUAAAGGGACAAUUCAAAGACAUUUUAUUAGCUACAAUUGCUAUUGAUGCAGCAAAUGGCAUCUUCCCAAUAGCCUAUGUUGUUGUUGAGAAGGAACACACUGACAGUUGGACUUGGUUUGUAACUUUGUUGAAAGAGUAUUUACAAGUGGACAACCUAGGUAGAAUGACAAUAGUGAGUGACAGGCAAAAGGGUUUGGAAAAAUCUUUGUCCACUAUGUUUGCGGAGGCAGAAAUCAGAUUUUGUGUUAGACAUUUGCAUGACAAUUUUAAGAAGGAAUUUCCUGGUAUGGUUUUAAUAAAAUGUUAUGGGCUGCAGUUAGAGCAACAACUAAGGCAGAAUGGAAAAGGGGAAUGGAUGACGUUAAAAAGGUAAAUCCUAAGGCAUACAAGUGUUAGCAAAGAAAAAACCAGAGGAAUGGACAAAGUCACACUUCAAAGUGGGGGUUAAGUGUGACAUGCUCAUAAAUAAUUUGUGUGAAAUUUUCAACAAUGCUAUCCUGGAUGCAAGGGACAAAAAUAUUAUCACACUCCUAGAGAAGAUUCGAUUUUGGUUAAUGACCAUGUUUUGUUCUAGAAGAGAGGGAGUGUCAAAGUGGAAUCAACCUGUUGCAAAGAGAAUUUGUGACAUCAUUGAGAAUAAUAAACAAGUUUCUAAGUAUUGCAUUCCUACUAGGGUUGCACAAUACAAGUUCCAAUUGAAAGUUUUCACUAGUGAACAUUUGACAGUGAACAUUGAGACUAGAGCAUGUAAAAGAUAUCAACUAAAUGGUAUUCCGUGUGGGCAUGCUCUAAGUGUUAUUUGGAAAACGAAUGGAGAUAUUAUGGAGCAUAUACAUGAUUGCUACAAGAAAAAGGCAUAUGCAGCAGCCUAUGAAAGUGUCAUAGAGCCAAUGUCCAGUCCGGAUGGAGGACACUAGGUUGAAUCGCAUUCACCCCCAGUUGGUACCAAUAUACCUAGAAGACCAAAGAAAUCGAGAAACAAAGAGGCACCUGAGCCACCUGCAGAUGCAACAAGGACAAGAUGGCUUGGACAAGUUAACCACUGUAGUAAUUGUAAACAUACAAGCCAAGAGGAACAUGUGGCAACCCUUUAGUAGUCGAGCAACCCAAGGAAAAAAAAAAAAAGAGGAAGACCACCCAAAACCAAUCCACUUCCUGAAACUAUAAAAAGGAAAGAGCGAGCCAAGAGACAAAAGGCUAGAGCCAAAUAUGGUGCAUCUCAGACAACUAAUGGAGGGGAUGAUGCAUCUGCAUCUCAAACAACUAAUGGAGGGGUUGCUGCAUCUGCUUUUAAGCAGUACUGAAUACUUUUGUUGCAUAUGCUUUGAUAUUAACACUUAUGUAAUGGCCUAAUAUGUUUACCGAAUAGUUACUGUCUUGGCCCUUUUUAAAUGCUUUUUGAAAUGUGUUGCCUUUUUAUAUGCUUUUUGAAA